CGUUUAGACCUCCAUUUUGUCGCAGGAAGUACGUCAUCAACAUUGGCGGUAUUUUGAAAAAGAGGCUGUUGUCUGUGGGGGUCCGUGUUGUGGAGUAAAAAGAGUGAUAUUCACAAAUAAUGGUAAGACUUAACUUACGCUUAGGUGAGGUUUGUUAUCCUUAACGCGAACGUAUUAUAAUGGAGUCCUGUGUUUUCAUAUCAACACACAAGGGAUACUAUUUUUUUACCGCUAACAUAGACCCGCUAAUGUUAGUUAAACUUUUCUCCGUCAUGGACUUUAUUUAAUCCGACACUAUUUACACCUUUAAAUGACACCACACACCUUUACACAUUCUUACAUUUGUCGUGUGUGUGUGUCCAGGCUGAGCUGGGAUCAGCUGAGCUGUCAGAGGAAGCUCGUAAUGAGCUGCUGGAUCUGUGUGAGGAUCAGUUUGCUCAGCUGGAAAAGGUAAACUUCAUUUUUACUCUCAUGGAUCAUGCUGAACUUUCUCACCUUUCUCAGAUUGAUAAAGAAACUGUACUUAUGUUAGACUGUCUUUUUGUGUUGCAGCUUCAGAAUGAGAUUAUACUGAGUGAGCCAGAUUUCUGUGAGACCCCACAGGACCAGGUGAGUUAUGUUUCCUUUUUAUUUUACCUUCUGAAGUAUCACCAGUGUCAUUCAUAGAAAAAACAUUGAAAUUAAUUAUUCACUUAAAAGGAUAUACAAUACACAGUGGUCUGAGGAGCCACACACAAAACUCAACCAAAAAGCCACUCUAUAGCCACAAAUUAUGCUCAGAACAGCACCUAACUUCAUCAACAGUACAUAAAGGGUCCUUGCCACAGCACUAGCCACCAAACAUAUUUUUAGCUUUGCCUGAUUUCUUUAGCAAAGAGAGUAAACACAACUCAUCUACUCUCUUCCAGCAGCCGCUUGUUUGUAGCGAGACCUCAUGCCAGUCUAUAAUGGACUGCAGCGGGGGAUGCAGCUUAAGUACUAUGGCUGGGACCCUAUAUGUACUGUUGAUGAAGCAUUAUUUGUGACGUUUUGGUUGAGCGCGUGGCUCUCUGUAUAUUACUAUAGUGCGGUCGUUACUAAAGUUGGUAUAACUAGAGAAGCAAGCGGUCAGCAACAUUCAUCUCUCAAGGGGGUGUCUAACUCGGUGUUACGGUGUGUUUGACCCUAAAUUAAUUUUACCCCGGAAUAUCCCUUUAACUAUUCACAAAACUUCUAUUUCCAUGUUUGUUAGUUGUUCACAUCAUAUUUGUUUCUUCUUCAAGUCCUUCUCAUUUAAACUAAUUAACUUUUUGCCUAAUCUUUAUAUAAACAAUAAUGCAAUGAAAUGAUGUAAAAUAUAAAAUGAGGAACCAACAAACAUACCUGUACAUGGCCAACAAUGAUGCAUCUUUUUAAACAAAAAGAGAGAGAAAGAGAAAAAGAGAGAACUAUUAAACUGUGUUUAAAGUGUGGUUUUUGGGGUUGUUUCAUCUAAUUUUAGUCUGACACAAACUUUUUAUCAAUCAAAAGCACCAAUAAAAAGCACUCUGUGUCAUUGCAGCUCACCUGAGUUUAUUUAAAGUUUCUUAUGGCAAACCUAACCAGACUACAAACGAGUGUGACCCAUGCUGUUGGAGUAAAUGCGUAACAUUCAAUUUCAAGAUACCACAACUAACUUGAAAUGUAUUUUUUAAAUAUCCCCACCAAAACUGGCAACUGGAAAUGUUUCUGUUAUGCCACUGAUGACCUCUAAAAUGUAUUACAAACUCAUACCAAGGAGCCAAAAGAAAUAAGAUGUUGUAAAAUUGAUUCAAAAUUUCUUAUAUAGAAAACAUUUUUGUGCUGUUGUAUAAUCUCUAUGUCAUCAAAUAUGAGAAAUUUGUCUUUAUAAAUAACUUUUGUUUGUUUGUAUUAUCUGUGUGUCGUGAAUACUUCUCCUUAAUAGCAGGUGAAUCAACUGAUAGCAACAGAAGCUGAACUGAAGCAAUGGCUGACAGUAGAGCCAGAGCGUAAGUUUGUCUUUACAUUGUGAUCAAAGCUCUGGCUUCAGCUUCAUGAAUUUAUUUACAGAUAAAGCAGAAAUAUAUGAGAUCAGGACAGCAGAUUUGUGCUAAAGUAACCUCUUAUACCAUUCCGUAUCAAAACAUAUUGGGUUUUUACUCCUGUGUAUUUCAUAUCUGUUCUUUUUUAUUUUUUUAUUUUACUCCAUCCAGUACUACCACAAAAUUCUGAACUUUUACUUCAAGCUGGGAAGGAGGAGGUAUGUCUGCGUUCAUAAAGUUGUAUUACAGAACAUUUCUGAUUUAAUUGCAUUGCUCUGGUUCUGAAAACUGUUUUUUUUUUCACCUUUGUUUCUCAUAGAUGCUCAAGCUCUGCUCUGAACUGGAGAUGAUUGUUUCUUGCUGCGAAGCCAAGCGAGACAAACUGAGAGAAACAAAAGAACUGUAUGUGACUUUUUGGUUUUAAUACAAGUUUCAACAACUUACUGUCCUUCCUCAUUGCAUGUUAAAGCUUUCUAGAGGUGAAUUGACGAGACCCUCUAGAUGUUUGUAUUUCUUUUUGCUUUGUGCAUUGUGCUGAAAUUUUUUGUAUUCUAGGGAACAGAAGUGGCUGGAGGAAAAGAAACAGGCUCUGAUAGCUGCUACUGACCAUGCUGAACGAGUCAGGAGUGAAAAAGACAAAUUAUCAAAGAUCAGGUAUGUGUGUGGAUGCAGUCACACUACACCAGAGGUGUGACGCAUGUGAGAAACACAGAAAGUAUGAAAGAGGAAAAUAAUCACAUAUACUUCAUAAUAAAUGUGUGUUUAUUUAUAAAUCCCUCAGUGACACCAAGGCUAAAAUCCAGAAGAUGAAGGCUUAUGAGGAGAAGCUGAUGGAGUCUUUGGGGGAAGUACUGGAGAAACAUGUUCCUCCACCUCAAAAUGAAUACAAGAGGAAGAAGGUGCAGUUAGCUACAACAAUUUUACAUGUGAUUAAUACCGAGGCGCAGCCUAACAACUCUGUUUCUAUUUUUAGAGCGACACACCAGAACUUAAUGAAGACAUGAUUUCACUCAAUGAAAUUCUUGAGGUGGGUUAAGAUGCACUUAACAUGGGCUGAAAGUCAACAGAUUUUGUGGUGUCAACGGAAGCAGUCAGGAUAAUCAUUGAGAACAUGCAGAUAGCAGUUUUUUUAAAGUCCCUCUGAUGUUGUGGAGCAUGGGGGUAAAAAAUAGACAUGAAAGAAGAAAAAGUGCUGCAAAAGACACAAGUUGUCAAACUGAAUAAAAGUGAGAUUUAUAAGAUGUAGGACUGUAUUAGAGUAAAUAUACACAGUGAUUUGUGGAUUUGCCAAUGUAUUACAGGUACGCUAACAUGGUGAGUUAAGCUCAAUGGACCUUGUAGCAUCCAUUGGCAACAACUAUAAUAUCACCGUCACGAUAACCGUAAUAAAUGUUAUUUUUUAAGACUAGUUUUGCCAUAACUGCCAUAACCAUAUAAUGCCAUCUGUCCUCACCGGCUUGGCUCCUGCUUUGUCAGGUCAGUGUCCGUUAGAAUUUCUACUGUGCCUCUGUCCAGUUUGUAGGUGAAUGAUGAAGUAUAGUUUUAUUUUUUAUCAUUGCAGUGAUCUGAUAUAGAAACCAAGGAUUCAGGAUAACAUUGAAGUUUUAGUUCUCUCUUGAACUUUCUAAAUAAAAGACCCACAGUCAGGAAACUGCUGUUAUCAUGUUGCUGUCUCCUAGCAUUUCAAAACAGAGUUAGAUAUAUGAUCGAAAAUGUAUUAAACAGUCCCUGAGUUCAUGCUUGCCUGCAUAUUUUGUAAAUUGUAUUAAAAUGCCACUUGACUGAUUGUCCUCUUCCUCCUUUCUCUGACAGUUGCUCAUGAACAAGGUCUUGACCACACCACAUGACCCUUAUGUGAUGAUUGAUGACACAUUUUGGCCACCCUACAUAGAGAUGCUGCUGCGCUACGGUAUUGCAGUGAGGCACCAAGAGAAUAACUUCAAGAUCCGCCUGGAAACCUUUUGGUGAGGCAGUGGUACAUAAAACCUCUGGAACAACACUUGCUUGUUUAUCAUCAACCCCUGCUUGUACAGUGAUAUCAUUAUGUGUAUAAAUGUUAGUUGGUAUGAAGAUCUGAUGAGUGUAAUAAGAAAUUAUGUUAAUAUUAGCUGCAUUUUUGGUAGGUAUGGAUCACAGUUGUGUACAUUAUAAAAUGAGUUUUUUAUCCAACUUGAGUAUUCUCUUUUUAAGAUCUGUUGGCACUGAAGAACCACGAGUCUUGAAAAUAUUGGACAAUCUAAUGUUUGUUGUAAAAGUAAAGCCAUGUGUUAGAAAUGAAUUUAGUAUCUUUUGAACAAAGUGCUAUUAGUUUUUAAUGUAAAUAAUUCAAACUUAAAAAGGUUGAAAGUCUUCUUGUAACUACAUUUUUUUGAUCAUAUCCAAUAUGUAAUUAAAGGAUGUGUUUUAAUGAACAAAAAA